CCAAUGCACUCAACUGGUGCAAAAAAGAAGACAGAACCUGUCUUAACUUCUUUGUGUUGUCCUUAGUAUGUGAAACUCUUCCCUUUAAUGUAAACAUUGUCGUGUGUUUUAGGCUCAAUUGUGCCUGGUGCAUUCCACUUUCUUGUCGCUUUCAUAUCUCAACAUUGUUGUGUGUGUGCACCCCACAGGCAGAGAGAGAAGCCAGUGACCGUCCUCAACGAAAAGUCCAAGUGGAUCAGAGACCUGUUUUUCCCAAUAAGAAAUUCCAACUGCAAACCCGGAGAGGAAACUUGAAGCGAUGAGCAAACAGCAAACCCUGUUUCACCACUUCAUCAGUGGACCAAGAAGACAAAGCCCCAGUAGAGGAAAUGGGGAUGAUAUGUCUCAACCAGCUAUGGGCCAGAAGGCCGUCAACCAGGAGAACAUCACUGAAAACUUGGAAGAUGACCUCCUCUUAGCCGCUUUUGAAGACUGGGAAGAGACAACACUUUCCCAUCCGGCUGAUGAGAAGGACAGUGCUGUUGCAAAUUCCAAGCCAGACAGAAGCCAGCACAAUGCCACAGUGGCUGUCUUGUCCCCACAGGAGCAGCCCAUUCCCAGAGCAACGCAGCCGGAGGACCUUCCAGGAUUCGACGCCUCCGCCGGGGAGAUCUGGAUCUACCCGACCAAUCUUCCCGUCCGGGACUACCAGUACAACAUCGUGCAGCAGGCGCUAUUCAAGAACACCAUGGUGUCACUGCCAACAGGGUUGGGCAAGACAUUCGUGGCGGCUGUGGUCAUGUAUAACUUCUAUCGCUGGUACCCGGAAGGCAGGGUGGUUUUCAUGGCUCCUACCAAACCCUUGGUCGCUCAACAAAUCGAGGCCUGCCACAACGUGAUGGGCAUUCAACAGUCAGAUAUGGCCGAGAUGACUGGCAAUAUGCCUCCAGCGGAGCGCAAGAAGGCGUGGCACAAGUGCCGUGUAUUCUUCCUGACUCCCCAGGUCUUGAUGAAUGACCUGAGUCGUAGGGCCUGUCCGACGCAGCUGGUCAAAUGUCUGGUGGUAGACGAGGCCCAUAAGGCACUAGGAAACCAUGCUUACUGCCAGGUUGUGCGGGAGUUAUCUAAUUAUUCCAGUGAAUUCAGAGUGUUGGCUCUAAGUGCUACUCCAGGUAGCGACCUCAAGGCCAUUCAACAGGUCAUCACGAACCUUCUCAUCUCUCAUAUUGAGAUACGCUCUGAAGAUUCUAUUGACAUCCAACGCUACGUCCAUGAACGGAAGGUUGAGAAAGUCAUCGUCCCUCUUGAUGAAGAGCUCAAGUCUGUCCGUGAUCAGUACCUGAGGAUUCUGAGUGUGUAUGUGGGUCGGCUGACGCGCUGCGGAGUGCUGUAUAACAAAGACCCAACCAGUCUAACCAAGUUUCAGAUCCUACAGUCCAGGGAUGCCUUUCGCCAAGAUCCACCCCCUCAGGUCAAGUCCCGGGGUGUGGUUGAGGGUGACUUUGCCCUUUGCAUCAGCCUCUACCAUGGCUUCGAGUUGCUUCUUCAGCAUGGCCUUCGCUCACUCUUCAGCUUCCUCCAGAGUACUGUGGAUGGCGACAAAGGCUUCUCCCGCACCCGCCAGGAACUACUGAGAAAUGCAGAGUUUGUCCAACUGAUGGACACCCUGAGGGAUAAAUUUGGAGAGGAGGAGGCGGCGGCCAAUCAAAGCGGACUUUUCUCAGUACCAGGGACACCCAGAGUCAGAGAGGUGAAGCCGUAUGUCACCAGCCACCCGAAGAUGGCCAAACUGCAAGAAAUUGUUCUGGAACAUUUUAGACGGUUUUCAGCCAAUAAAGAGUCUCCGAGCAGUAAUGGGCCAUCCACAAGUAAACAUCAGCCGCAGCCUGCAGCACAGAGCACGCGGGUUAUGAUCUUCGCUCAGUACCGGGACAGCGUGAACGAGAUCGCCGAGAUGCUGAACAGACACAGGCCAUUGCUGCGCUGCAUGGGGUUCGUUGGGCAAGCCUCUACAGGCAAGACCAGCAAGGGUAUCAGCCAAAAGGAACAGCUGAGGGUCGUUAAGGAGUUCCGGGAGGGCGGCUACAACACACUGGUGUGCACCUGCGUGGGGGAGGAAGGCCUGGACAUCGGUGAUGUGGACCUGAUCGUGUGCUACGACGCCCACAAGAGCCCCAUCCGACUGGUGCAGAGGAUGGGGAGGACUGGAAGGAAGAGACAAGGCCGCAUCGUCAUGCUGGUGACUGAGGGCAAGGAGGCCGCAGUUUAUGACAGGAGCCAAUAUAGCAAGAAGGGUAUUGUAAAGGCCCUGCAGGGUAACGCCCGGUCCCUGCAGCUAUACCCCAACAACCCUCGCAUGGUGCCACGGGGCCUCAACCCUAAACCCCACCAGAUGUUCAUCUCCGUCAAGGCAUUUACAAGUAAGGACACGAAGCGGAGAUCCUCUACUGGAGCCAACAAUGAGACGAGACUUGACUCCUUCAUUGCCAAAGCUAAGAGUAGGCAGAAAUCCAGUGAGUAUCUGAGCCCAGAGGAGCUGGCCUACUGGAGUGCCAAUUACAAGCUGGACAGUGUCGAGAAGGAGAGCUUACCAUGCAUGCCCGAUAGAGGGCGCUUCAUCACACUGGAGGACAAGGACAAACAGCCUUCUCAAAGAAAAGGCAGUCAUCCCAAAAUGUCCCUGUCCGAGUGGGCCCCUUGGCAGAUCAGCAAGCAGCCUGUCCGACUGGUAGAGCAUUCCCACCGCUGCCAGCAAUUUGUAGAGCUCAUGGAGUUCAUUGACCUUCAGAACCUCACUGAAGGAGAGGACAUAUAUGGCCUGGAGAUGCAGACGUACCUGGACCCAGAUGACAUCCGACCAAGGAAGAAAGGAAUCGAGAGCUACUGCACCAAACAGAGGAAGGAUUCCUCUGAGGGUGACAGUCUCAACAAGGGAGCUCCGGGGACGAGCCACACCAGACAACCUCAGCCAUCUCUCAGUGAAGCAGUAGAUGAGACCUCACCAGAACCUCCCAGCAGGAAGCGCCAAAGCGAGAAAGUGAGGCGUAAGAAACAGCAGCCCAUGCAGCUCAUGUCCAGCCCGUCUGAGAGUAACCACAGUGAUGAUAACCUCCCUGAUGUCUUCAAUAGAGAGAACAUGCAUCAGGUUUCUCAUGAGGUGCUGCAAUGUAUCAGAACUCCAACAAGUGCCGAGAAGAACAGUACCAGGUCAGACUCAAGAAGUAAGAAGAGAAAAGGCACAGACUCAAAAGCACCCAGUGCCGACAAGCCCAGAAAACACAAACAGAAACGCAAACAUCUCAAUCCGGUGACAGACAGCUUGACUGGCAACGAUGACGAUUUUACAGGCAACCUCAAGGAGGAAAGAGCAUUUGGGGACAGGAAGACGAAGUCUCCUGGAAUGGAAGGAGGACCUGGCAAGGUAGUCUUCUCAAAAGAUGAUUUGGUGAAUCGGUCACAACCAGAUGUGACAUAUGACACUCCUGAACCCAUGGACACCGGCAGUGACGACAACGUGAUGUUGGAACACCUGCAGAAAUCGUCCGUGCUGAUACAAGUUGACAAUCUACCCAGCACUCUGCCAAGCAAUACAGACGAUGACCUGUCAUUUCUGUUUCCGACGCAGACCGUCUUCCUUCCUCCCUCUGCCAGGAAGGAUGACCACAAUACAAGUAUGUCAGAGAGCAAGCCUAGUGGCGCAAAGUCAGCAAUGCCCCCGCCUCCUCCCUCCCUGUCCUCUCUGGACCUGCUGGACGACAUGGAUACCACCUUCAACCUCACUCAGCAUUUCCAGAGCAAGUCAGCUCAUUUUGGUGGUCACCAGGAGCCACCGAAGCAGCCUGUGGAAACUGCUCCUUGCCAGGAUUCUUUCAAGGCUGAAGAUGCUCCAGAUUUGGAAAGGCUUCAAGAAUCUCAAGCUAAUGAAUUAACAGUCAAGAUGGCUUCUGAGAAAGUGUCACCCUGGGCAUUUAUAAAUGGAAACAGUGACAGAGUGAGCUCAGAGCAGACAACAAAUGCCACAACUGACCCACCAUCCCAUGAAAAAGCAGCAAAGAUGAAGGUUAAAGAUGGCCACAAUGACAGCCAUGAGGAAAGUGUAUCAAUGACACUUAGAGAUAUUGAACCACAGUUUGACUUAAAUUUGGAUUUUACUGUCGUGUCCUCUGAUGAAGAAGCAGAUACGCUUGAUGAGAAAGAGAGAAAUAAAGAUGACACCUCUGGUUGGAAAAGUGGGGAACCCACCAAUGGGGAUCAAGGUGAUGGACAAAGGAUUGGAGAUGGGAAAAACAUUUGGAACGAUGAGAUGGGAAGUGUGAUUGGUACUCCGAAAGCAUUUGAUGUGCAAACUCCAUCGGUGGAAUCUGUUAUCACAGAGACCAGUUUCAGGGACACCAACAAAGCAUCAGUCACACCGGUUGCGCAUUCACCUCAGGCAGCUUUUAAUUCAACAAAGGAAAGGUCACCCCGCAAGUUAUCUCUUCAAAGGAGGCUCAAGAAGCCUUCCACAGUUACGCCAGAAACUCCCAAGUCUGGAUUGGACAAAGGUACAAAAUCUGUAUUUGCCGGAAGGCUUGAUAGGGAUGGCAUAAGCAGGCAGAGCCAUGCAGGAUUUAAAUCAGAAUCGAGGAGGGAGUUGGAUUUGGAGGUCCAGGAUGAGCCAGAAAUCAGACCCUCUGCUUUACAAGCUGGUGGCAGUAUGGUCCAGCAAACCCAAGCACAAGCCGAGAUAGAGAAGUUACGGAUGGAGGUUCUUGGGUCGACCAAGCCAAAGUUUGACCUGGAGUUUGACCUGGAUAACCUGGAAGAGGACAGCUUGGGGGAGGAAGACGACAUUGUGGCACCCUCACCAAACAUGGAACAGCAGCAGGAAUAUAUCAACCUCAGCCAGGUUACAAGUCUAAAGGGAGAGGUCUGCCCUUCUCAUUCCAAGGGAACUGCCUCUUUUCAAGCAACGAUAUCCUCAACUCCUGUUUCAAAGGCUAAGCUUCAACUGAGGUCGGUGCCGUGUGCUGACCUUCUGUCACCAAUAGCAAUAGAUAAGGGUGAAACAGAAAAGUACUCGGGUUUUGAGGAUCACCCUCCAACUUUAACAGAGAGAGAACCAAAAGCCCCACAAAAUAAUAAAGGGACUGAACCUGCAAAGGGGCAAGAGCAAAUGCGGAGGAGUCUCACUCUUAAGAGAAAGAGCCCUCAGAUGCUCCAAACUUCAAGAGGCGACAAAGCGUCAUCUUCAGUUGAGCAACUCACGACAAACUUGACGGACGGUGCGUUUCCCGGUCCAGUGGGAGGAGCCCGUGAAGGUAAUUCUAGACAAAGCUCCAACACGAGACUGGCAAUCCUUGGAAAGAGAAAGAGCGCUCCUAUUGUUCCACUGACGAGUGACACCCCAAUCACCAUCAAAAGUGGGAUAUCCGAAUUGAGUGCUUCGUCACUUCAAAACCUGCAUGCGGAACCAAAUGUCCGUGUGGUUAACCGUAAGGAUGGACAAGGGAUUCAAGGGAGUUCAGUUAGGACACAAAAUGCCGAGGAAGGUGUGACCGGCUGGGAUGAGCAUUAUGGAGAAGAGGAUCCACGCAAGACUAAGGGCAGGGGAAGAGCAGAGCCAUUCAAGGCUCACUUUGUUGACAGCGAUGAGGAUGAAGACCUCAGUCAGCUCAUUCGGCCCAGGAAACGACGUAAAGCUGUGGCUUUACAAUCUCCCAGCAGUCCUGCAUUCAAGACCCCUGUCAGGCCUGCUGGCGAAUCUUCCGGGAAGAAGACUCCUGCCAAGCCACUGAUUUCCAGCAGCGAUGAGGACUUGGAAUCACCUUUAAUCAGAAGGCCCAAGAAACGCAGGCAGAUUACAACGAAAGCAGAUGUAGAUGGCAGUGACGAUGAUUUGAUGGAUGAGAACUACAACAAGAAAAACACUCCUGUCAUCAUGAGGAAAGCUGUAAGUAAGAAACGACAACCUGCUACAACAAAGGAGCCCAAGACCAAGAAAGGAAGGUUUGCCUCUGGCAGUACCCGAGACUUUCUAGACGAGGAAGCUGAGGUCUCAGACACCGAGGAGUGCUCCCCUGACGAGGAAGGCAGCGAUCUGGAUAAAUCUUUGGAAGGCUUUAUCAACAACGCCUCCCAGCUUUCUCAAGCCUCACAGUCGGCAUUCACAUCUGAAGAUAUGCAUGCUGUCUACAUGCAGUCAGUCCACAAUCUGCCUGGAGGAGGCAUUUCACACCCCGCCCCCAACCGCUUCAAGAUGGUGCAACAUCCUACCCGGAACGACAUUGAAAUCUUCUCCCAGGUCCCCGUCCAAGACGACAGCUACUACGAAAACAGCUUUGUGGUCCGGGAGGGGGAAGAGGAAGGAGAUGACGUGAAAAUUACAAAGGGAGGCGGGAGACAGGGAAAGAGGGACCAGUUUGAAGAGAGUCUCUUUGAGAACACGAUCAACCCUGACAACAUCCUCUCCUCCAAGUGCAGGCGCAGGAACAAAGGGCCCAGUCGGGCCCAACAGAUCUUGAAGGAAGGGAGAAAGAAGUUGCUCAUGUCAUCCUCUUCGACCUCAACCAGCGCCGAAGAGAUUGAGGAGGGACCAAGAGGCCCAAACAGGAGGAUGCAUCCUAGUGACAAGAGGAAGUGCCUUGGGAAGCGCAGUCUCAGUGCCUCACAUCAAGCUGAGAAUCCAAGCUCAACUGGUUGGCUUUGUACUGAUAAGACCAGCAAGGGUAAGUCUUCCGAUGCUGUGGGGCCGACAGGGAAACAUGUUACUAAUCUUAAAAUUUCUCCCGUAAAAUCUGUCUGUCGGCAGCAGUCGAACAAAAAUUCUGGCCCGACAUCUCAUUCAGACCGAAGUGACGAAUCUCCGACUGCAACUGUACCGCACAAUCCAGGUGGGUCACACCCAUGUCACAGCCAGGGCUCUGUCAUCCGGCAGUUUCUAGUCGGAAACGCAAGACAGGCCAACUCCUGCCCUGAUGUUGUCUUAAAGCCGAAGCAAGGAUAUUUGCCCAGGAGACCAACAGACUCUGACGGCAAGACAGCAUCAAUUGCCAGCAACGGACUGACAUUGGCCGAAAAGGAAAGAGUCGAGAGGUUGAAGAGACAAGAGGAGAAAAAGAAAGAAUUCAUGCGGAAAAUGGAAGAGAAGAAAAGAGAACUGCUGCUGCAGGACCGAGCGCAGCAGCAACAGCGACAUCAAACACUCCUGCCUCAACAACAGCAGAAUCAGUCAAAGCCAGCUGGGGAACAGCUAAACCAACAGCGGCAGUGCCAGCUCAAACGGCAACAGCAAGCACAGCAACUGCGUGUGCCCCAGCAUCAGCCACAGCAGCAGUUGCAACGGCAGCAAACUGGUGGAAAACCUCAACAGCAACGGUCACCUAAACAGCAGCAGCAGAAGGCCGAGCUGUACUGUGGCAGGUCAUCCUCCAGUGCGGGACUGAAUGUCGGCAAAGUGCGAGUCAAGAGGAUAAACCAGCAAGGGACAAGCCCUUCCUCAUGCCCCAAAUCAUCAUCAUCAACAGUAAGCAGCCUAGGCCGGACAGCUUCAGCAGUCAGUAACCUGACCCAUGAACCUGGAGGAGAUUUCUCUUUAGGGAAUCAAGCCGGUGCCAGGAAGGAUAUUAGAAACAUUCCUGUGCCGCCAAGCUCCAUGCGAGGGAUCAGUAAAAGCACACUAGCUGGGUCUCAAGAUGCUAUGAGUUGUGGCAAGCCCGUCAUCCUGAUCGAUUCCAAGGAGCUCUCCAGCUCUGCCCAGAUUGUGUCCAUCCUGACCCUCAAGCACAACCUUAACCCUCACAUCUGCCUGCUGAGUGGCUGUGAUUACAUUGUCAGUGCCCGGAUGGGCGUGGAGAAGAAAUCCAUGUCGGAUUUUGGGAAUGGUGCCAACAAGAACAAGUUGAUUGACCGAGUGCGUCACUUGUGCGACUUGUUUGACAGACCCUGUCUGAUUCUGGAGAAAGAUCGUGUCAAGCCAGCGGACGACAAAAAACCAAGACAGCUGAUUCGAACCAAGUACUUUGACAGUACAUUAGCCGCUCUGAGUAAGACUCACAUCAAGUUGCUGUACUCGGAUUCACUGGAGGACACUGCAAGGAUUCUGGCUGACUUGGUUCACAUCGAGAUGCGGAAAGGGGAGGGUCUGGCCCCUCUCACCUCAAUGAACACCACCCAGGAACAGGUCUUCAAAUUGUAUCAAUCACUGCCUCGAGUCAGCUACGCUACCGCCCUGUCCCUGAUGAAAGCAUUUCCCUGCAUCCAGGAACUCAUUCACAGUUCACCGGAGCAAGUUAGGCAGAAGACCAACAUCUCCUUGCAGAAAUCGGCCGAGAUUUGCUGUUUCUUACAGCAUCGGUUUGACGAGCAGAUGAUGAGCAUAUGUACUGGCAAGUGAUGCGGGCGCCAGACAGCUAUCAAAACUGACUGUCAGUUGUGAAAAAAAAUGCUACUUCUUGCCAUUCAACACAAUGGAACUCAAAUGCAAAAAUAUUCCUUUUGGCAAAUGCUCAUCAAUGCAGAAAUACAUUGAAACCUGCGACUCAGUGGAAUUAUAGUAUAAACUGUGAUAGUCCAAGUGUUCAUGUAGUUAAUAUACUCAUCAUCCCUGACACUGCCAUUUAAAUAUGAAGAGGGCAUCCCUACAAGAAAUGUGCACCCCAAGGACAGUAGUACCCGGCCCAUCUCUGUCCCCUUCACUUUGUCCCACCUUUAAAAAGAUGAAAACUUAUUUCAUUUUUGAAUUUUAGUAGAAUUAUGUAUGAAAUUAUGGAGCCUGUAUUACACAGCCUACAUUGCAUGUAGGUUCUAGACAAAUACAGUGCCUGAGUUGUUUUAAUCAGACUAUGCAAUUGUAGUGCACAGGUCGAGUGAAUGACAGUAUGUAGCCUGCCGUGACAUUGUAUUGAUCAUCGUUGUACGGUUACCAAAUAUCACCAUGCAUCAGGUUACGCAUUGGAUACCGUCUGCAGUUUCAAUAUCACGCUUUCUAUAAAACAUCUUUAAUCAUGUUCCUCUUAAAGAGAUAAUAUUUUCUAAAUGUUCAAAGUUGAUUGAACUUUUUGUAUUUUUGCUACUUUUUCAUGAAAUUGUUUUCCAGAGGUUAUUGGUCACAAACUUUUUAUUCUGCCUUAUGUGAGAAAAGCUACUAAUCAAACUAAGUGCCAAUUUUUUUGUACUUUUGUAAUUGUGUUGAGGAACAACCAGUGAUAGUCAGAAAGCAUGGAUUGCAAAAGUUUUAUUUUGAGCUUUGGUAAUCCCAUCUACUUAGUGCACAAUUAUGAGGUGGUUGUGAACAUUUUAGGACUGUUAAAGUUGAUAUAAGGAAGAAUGUUCACCCCAAUUAACCUUGGCCUGCUGAAGGCAGUAGAAUUGAGUUGUUGGCAUCAAAGACUUGUACUGCCCAGAUUGACAAAAUGUAGUGGUAACUUGUUGUAACUGUUAUAUUCUGUUUGAUUGAAUCAAUUUAUGGUUGUAGCAUUGCACAAAGUGUCACACAUACUCAGUGAUUUUAUCCUAAGCGUUUGAUACCAACAUCCUUUCUGAAUCAUGCCUGGAGUAGCAUAAGUGAUUGUCUAUGACUGCUAAGUCACUCUGAUCUUCUUUACAUGAUCCGCAUAAAAACUAGGGAUGGCUUCAGAUCUCUUGUUUUGUUUUAAAUUUAACCAUAUUUUAUUUGGGUCACAAGAUAUACCCCCACCUACUAAGAGUGUCCAGCACAAGUUAAUUAUAAUCAAAACAUCGACGUGUGUGACUUCAGCAUUUAAAACUGUCUUUGUAACAACUUUAGAAACAAAUAAGGUGUAUAUAUUGAUAUUAUAGAGCCUUGUAUUUUUGAAUACUGACAAAAUAGAGAAAAAAGACGAGACACCA